GCCGCUGCCCCGGUGAUAUAAAGCGCAUGCGCUGUGCCCAGGCCUCCUCCUCACAGCGCCACGUCCCGUACACCGGAUCCGUCAGUAUGCGUCCACUGUUCGUCCUCCCUGCCCUGCUCGUCGCAGCCUUGGUCCGGGCAGACAUUCCCGAGGAGAACGAUGUCUUGGUGCUGACGAAGGCCAAUUUCGAGAAGGCGCUGGAGAAUCCGUACCUUUUAGUGGAGUUCUAUGCUCCCUGGUGUGGGCAUUGCAAGGCCCUUGUUCCAGAAUAUGAAAAAGCUGCAAAGAAGCUAAAGGAAGAAGGGUCAAACAUCCGGUUGGCCAAGGUAGAUGCGACGGAAGAGUCUGAGCUGGCACAAGAAUUUGGUGUUCGAGGAUACCCAACUAUAAAAUUUUUUAAGAAUGGAGACAAAUCUUCCCCUAAAGAAUACUCAGCUGGCAGGGAGGCAGAUGAUAUUGUCAACUGGCUGAAAAAACGCACUGGUCCAGCUGCUACCACCUUGACUGAUGAAGUGGCAGUGGCAGGUGUUGUAGACGCAAGUGAAGUUGCUGUUAUUGGCUUCUUUAAGGAUACAGAGUCUGAUGUGGCAAAAGCCUUCCUGCAGGCAGCAGAGGCGGUGGAUGACAUUCCUUUUGGGAUCACUUCCAGCGAGUCUGCAUUCUCCCAAUACAAGGUUGAAAAGGAUGGCAUUGUUCUCUUCAAGAAAUUUGAUGAAGGCAGAAACAACUAUGAAGGGGAAGCAACCAAGGAAGAUGUAUUGAACUUCAUAAAAUCCAACCAGCUGCCUUUAGUUAUUGAGUUUACUGAACAGACAGCACCAAAGAUCUUCGGAGGGGAAAUUAAGACGCACAUUCUGUUGUUCCUGCCAAAAAGUGCGUCUGAUUAUGAAGACAAGCUAGAUAACUUUAAGAAGGCUGCCACAAGUUUCAAGGGAAAGAUUUUAUUCAUAUUCAUCGAUAGUGAUCACACUGACAACCAGCGUAUUCUGGAGUUUUUUGGCUUGAAAAAGGAAGAGUGCCCAGCUGUUAGGUUGAUCACCUUGGAGGAGGAGAUGACCAAAUACAAACCAGAGUCUGAUGACCUAUCGGCUGAUCAGAUAACAGAAUUCUGUAACAAAUUCCUGGAAGGCAAUGUCAAGCCCCAUUUAAUGAGCCAGGAAGUGCCUGAUGACUGGGACAAGAACCCUGUGAAAGUGCUGGUAGGGAAGAACUUUGAUGAAGUAGCCUUUGAUGAGACCAAGAAUGUGUUCGUGGAGUUCUAUGCUCCAUGGUGUGGUCACUGUAAGCAGCUAGCACCUAUUUGGGACCAACUGGGGGAGAAGUUCAAGGACAAUGAGGACAUAGUCAUUGCUAAGACAGAUUCCACAGCCAAUGAAAUUGAAGCCGUAAAGAUUCAUAGCUUCCCCACUCUGAAAUACUUCCCAGCUGGAGCAGGGAGAAAUGUGGUUGAUUAUAAUGGAGAGAGGACACUAGAAGCACUUUCAAAGUUUGUGGAAAGUGGAGGGCAGGAUGGAGCAGCUGAUGAGGAUCUGGAGGACUUGGAAGAGACAGAGGAGCCAGAAUUGGAGGAUGAAGAUGACCAACACAAAAAAGAUGAAUUAUAAGGAUAUAAAGCUAAAAAAAAAAGCCACUCCCUAAGAGUGGAGGGUUAUAAAUAUUCGAGGAAUGUCCUUUUGUCGGAGCUCUGAAAAAUCCAGGGAAACUCACUUCAUCUGAAUCUGGUUUUGGGGGGUGAAGGGAGAUUACUUUUAUGGUCAGACUUUUGUUUGUUUUUGUUUUUUAUUUUUACACUUGAUAAUUUUGCGCAGAUGUAAAGUUUAGCACUUGUUGCUGCUUGUGUUGUGUGGGCUUUUUUUUUUUUUUUUUUUAAAUUGUGAACAUCUUACUGUAGAUGGAAUGAAUGCAUGACCGGUGAUCUAAAGGGUGCCCCUACCUCCCUGUCUCAGCAGCUCUUAAGAUUCUGUGGGACUCCUAAGAAAGCGGUCUACAGUAAUCUCACACUAAGCACAGUUUUUCUUUUUUCCAUGUUGCCCUUCAAUACUCUGGGUGUCUGUGGAAGCAUUCAGUAUUUGAUGCCGUGGGAGGUCCUCCCUGGUAACACUAAUCAUAAGGCUCCCAGUGGACCACAUCCCCGCAAGUGGUACAUCUUUGUAUAAUGCAGUUAAUCCUGUCCUGCAGGACUCUAGCCUCUGAGAUUGCAACAUAAUGACACUUUUGGUUUGUUUUUUGUUUGUCACAAUGUGGAAAGUUUUUUUUGUAAAAUUGACUCUGGAAGCAUUCCAUCAUAUUUAAGUUGGGAUGUGUAUUGGCCAAAUAAAACUAAUUUUAAUAAA